AUGUCGUCCUAUUUCUUCUCGCCACAACAGCAGCAUCAUGCGGCAAGCCAGCAUCAGGCCCUCCACUCUCACCACCACCACCACCACCACCACCAGCAACAACAACAACAGCAUCAGCAUCAGCAGCUGCAGCAGCAACAACAACACCAGCAACAACAGCAACUCCCCCCUCCUCCCACCUCUCACUCCGCUGCGAAUGCUCACGGUGGUGGCCGCUCCCGUCGAACCGCCAAGAUGGCUGCGCACAACAGCACACAGCGACAAUUCCGUGGCGUCAAGAGUAUGAGGGAGCUGGCAGAGGCCCCCGCGAUAACUGCUUUUCGUGCCCGGUUCGAGGCUGGCCGUUCGUUUGAUCUGGACGAUGACUUGGAGUUUUGUCCUGGUUUGCUGACUGAGGAUGAUCUCCAAUCCAUCCAUUCCUAUGCUUCGGACCGCUCCUCUCUCGCCAGCAUCUCGCCAGACUCCUCCCCACUCCAACACCAGAUCCAACCCGCCCAGCAGGUCACCCCGUCUAUCUCUCUUUCGCCCGCCUCCCUCACCAACUCCUCCGCCUUCUCCUCUUUCGGUAACAAUAAUCUUAAUCAGAUGAAGCUUCAUCAGCCCUCUGCGGUCCGUGCCAGGAAUGCUAUCCCGAUCGUCAAUCCAAGCACCGGCAUGCGGGUCUCAAGUCCGCCAGGCAGCCAACCGAGAUGGUAA